GUGUCCUUGUCCCAACUAGAGAUAUGACUGCUGUGAGAAGAACAACACAGUUCUUCCUCAAUAGGGUUGGCUCAACUGGUAGGAUCAAAAGAAUUGGAUUUAAUACUUUAUUUAGAAUGCGCCUCUCUACCCAGUAAGUCUCCAUUUUCCCACUUAGCAUGUUCUUUUGGUUUCUUUGUAGCUUUUUUUGGUUUCAAUUAUCUGUGUUUGUAUGGAUUUUUGAAAAAGUUCAAUUUCUAUUUGAAGUGAUAAAGCUGUUAGUUGAAUUGGGUAGUAAUAUACUAUGAAGUGAUUGCCACUUUCUGUAGAGCACUAAUGCUAACUAUAUGGCAGAAUAAUAUUAGUUCUAUAUUUUUAGUUUAUACUGAAAUUGCAUUUUUAGUUCUACAUUUACUGCUUAUAUUAAUGACACGUGGUGUAAAAUAUUAGCAACUCAACUAGUUAAUUUUUAGUGAUAACUCUUCAAUUCAAGAAGGUUGGCCCUUUGUUUUCUUUUUAUUGCUCAUUCCUGUUUAGAAUUGAUUGAUAAACUUAAUGAAACUGUGAAAGUUGUUACUGAUGUGUAUUCUGGUUAAUAUGUUUGAAGAAACUAAUCUGAUAGGAACUAAUCUAUAGUAACGUGUUGGUCUUGUUAGAUCAAGUAAAGAAAUGAGAUCACCAGGUCCUCUCUUGACGCUCGGCCAAUCAUGUUAUAGGAAAAGCAUGCCCAGUGGAAGAAAGGACUGGAAAAACCAAGAGAGCCAUCAGCAUUUAGAAGAUAGUUCUUCUUCUAUGUUAGGUGGGAUACCCCAAUGGGGGCAAGUUCCAUGCCCUGCCCAAUUUAGAAUCAAUUGUAAAGAAAAUUUGGCUGGGCAUGUUUCUUCGUCGAAAAAUAAAGUAGCUACUGUUGCCCCACCAAAUAUAGAAUCUCCGGUGGCAGCAUUCAACUUCUCUAGUGCAGAGUCAGAUACAACAAAGUUUGAUAAGAUGCUCAUUGAAGAAGUUCAGAGGCUGAGAGCUGAGUUAAAGAGACUUGAAGAACAUUGUGAACUCAAAAACCAUAAGAUACAAGAGUGCCAACAGAAAAUUGAGGAGAGUUGGUUUGUAGCAAAGGAGGAAGCUACUAAGUCCAAAGCAGCAAAAGAGGUCAUAAAAGCUUUGGCUGUAAGGCUUCAUACAAUAUCAGGAAAAGAGAAUGCAGGACAAGAAGGAAAAGUUGGGAUACAUGAUUGCAUGUCUAAUUUGGCACCCAUACAUAUAGAUAUGAAUAGUCCUAGGGAUGGAAACAUGGAUAUAUGGCAUAAUACACUUCUUGGGACCUUGGAAAACUGUCGAGUUCUUUUUGCAUGUUUGGUUGCAUUGUUAUUAAAUUUGUACCUAUUUAUAUAUUUGUUCAUAGUUUCCUAACCUUGUUAGUUUCAACUGUUCAUAGUUUACUUGAUUCUAUAUUUAGUUUUCAUAGUUUCCUAACCUGACAGGAGAGGUUCCUACAAAUCUUUGUAAGAGAUGAGUUUGGAUAAUAAAAUUAGAGUGUUGGAGCAAGAAAUAAAGAUGUUGGAGCAAGUUCCCGAGAUGAAACUCACACAAGAGACCAAGAAACUAAGGCAGGCUUGUUUUAAAGUUAAUUACAAAAGGAGGAAACUUUUGGCCUCCAAAUCUUAUUCAUCAUCACUUAGCUAAGCUACUUGUCUUGUAUAUUCAUAUUCUAAGUAGUAAAAACAGCACUUAUUAGAUGGUUUAAAUACAUUAUUAGAUAUUAACAUAGUUUAGGGAACUAGAUGGUAGAUUUGACUGAUUAGUGUUUAUUGCAAUGCUUGUAUUU